AUUAAGUUAUCUUUCCCCUCUUCUCCUCCCACUUUUUCUUUCUUUCUUUCUCUCUCACACACACACAAAAAAUAAUGGAUAAAAAACAGUGCAACACAUCUCAAGAUCCUGAAGUGAGAAAAGGGCCAUGGACAAUGGAAGAAGACUUGAUCUUGAUCAACUAUAUUGCGAAUCAUGGGGAAGGUGUUUGGAACUCUUUGGCCAAAGCUGCUGGUCUUAAACGUACCGGAAAGAGUUGCCGACUCCGAUGGCUAAAUUACCUCCGUCCUGAUGUUAGAAGAGGGAAUAUUACACCCGAAGAACAACUUUUGAUCAUGGAGCUUCAUGCAAAGUGGGGAAACAGGUGGUCCAAAAUUGCCAAGCAUCUACCUGGAAGGACUGAUAAUGAGAUCAAAAACUACUGGAGGACCAGGAUCCAGAAGCACAUAAAGCAAGCUGAGAACUUUCAGCAACAGAGUAAUUCUGAGACAAAUGAUCACCAAGCUAGCACUAGCCAAGUUUCUACCAUGGCUGAGCCCAUUGAGACAUACUCUCCACCCUGUUACCAAGGAAUGUUAGAACCAUUUUCAACUCAGUUCCCAACAAUUCCUGAUCAAUCUAAUACCAAUGAGAACAACAACUAUUGGAGCAUGGAGGAUAUCUGGUCAAUGCAAUUACUGAACGGAGAUUAAAUACAUAACAAUAUAUAUUAUAAAGUUAAACCUAAGUGCUUAAGUUCCAUAAAGCUGGAUGGCUGAAAACAUAUUAUUAGGUUUGUUUAUAUAAGUAGUUGGAUGUUUGGUUUUGCGUACCAUCAUAUUUAAGAACUAAAUUAGUUAUGUGCUGUAAUAUAUACGAGCUCUUAUAUUAAACUGUAUCUGCAUGCUUUAUAUAAAAUGAGACGCUAUGUAGAUUAUAUAUAGAGACGAUAAGGUUGAGAACUUUCAAAACUAAUAUAUUUCUAGUGACAGCCUUGCUUA